AUGACCACCACCAGAAGAGUAUCAAGCUGCCGCCUAUGGCGACCUCAAAACUACCACGUGGUCGCCAAAACCCACCCAAGAAUACGUGGCACAAGACCUCGAUAUCUUCAUACCGUGCCACUGAUAAUCAAUGGCAAGGAUGUUACAACAGAAGAGACGUUCCCAGUCAUUGGAUGUCUGAAUGGUGCAGAAAUAUCACAAUGCUCAACGGUCUCAACUCAGCAGGUCGUUGGUGCUGUGGAAGCCGCACAGAAAGCGUUCCCAAGUUGGUCAGCAACAAAACCAUCAGAGCGAAGAGACAUAUUUCUCGCAGCAGCUGAUAUUUUUAACAAACGGAAAGAAGAAAUGGCAACUUACAUCCACGAAGAGAUUGGAGCCAGCAAGCACUAUCAGGACUUUAUCAUUGGGUUGGCGAUCGAAGGGCUGAAGGAUACGGCUGGUAGAAUUGCUGGCGCUGUGACUGGGGAAAUCCCAGUUUCCAUUCACAAGGAUAUGCGCGCCAUGGUUCUGAAGAAACCUUAUGGGGUCGUUCUGGGUAUUGCACCCUGGAAUGCUCCGUAUCAUCUUGGACUACGCGCCAUCACCUUCCCAAUAGCCACAGGCAAUACCACCAUUCUCAAAGGGCCUGAGCUCUCACCACGUUGCUACUGGGCCUUCUCGGACGUAUUUCGGGAAGCUGGUCUACCCGAUGGUGUUCUCAACACCAUCUUCCACCGACCUUCUGAUGCCGCAGCGGUAACUGAGCAAUUGAUCAGUCACCCAUUGAUCAAGAAAAUCAACUUCACCGGCAGCUCAAAAGUUGGAAGUGUCAUUUCGUCAAGCGCUGGUAGGCAUUUGAAGCCUGUGUUAAUGGAGCUUGGAGGCAAGGCGAGCGCUAUUGUCUUGAAAGACGCCGACUUGAAGAACGCUGCUGUGCAAUGCACUUUGGGGGCUUUCCUCAAUGCUGGCCAGAUAUGCAUGUCCACGGAACGAAUUAUUGUCCAUACCUCCAUCGCCCACGAAUUUAAAAAGAUACUGCAGGAAACGGUCAAGCAGAUGUUUGGUACGCUUGAAACGACUCCUGUGUUGGUGACAGAGGCUUCAGCAGAGAGAAACCGCAGCCUUGUAGACAGUGCACUUUCGCAGGGUGCACAGCCCCUGUACGGCGAUACAGACUUAGCAGGAGGCCUGAAAACGAAAAUGACUCCGGUCGUCUUGACAAACAUAGACGAGAGUAUGGACUUGUAUGGAACCGAAUCAUUCGGGCCUAGUGUCUCGAUUUUUACUUUCGAAACAGAAAAAGAGGCUCUGGAGCUAGCAAACGACACUGAAUACGGUCUGUCGGCCUCGGUAUAUACUGAAGAUCUACGAGCAGGCUUUCGCGUGGCGGAAGGUAUCGAAUCUGGUGCGGUCCAUAUCAACUCGAUGACCGUACAUGAUGAGUUUGCUUUACCUCACGGCGGGGUCAAGAAGAGUGGCUUCGGUCGGUUCAAUGGCUAUCAAGGGCUCGAAGAGUUCCUCUACAGCAAGGCGGUCACAUGGAUGGAGUAA